AUGGUCGCCACCCGCAAGAAACGAGGCCCUACCUCGGACCAGGAACCACCUCUUAAAAAAGCCAAGGCAGAAGGGGAGACUGAUCUUGUUGAAAAUGCCGAAGGUUCCAAGGAAAAUUCCGAAAGUGGCGUCAUGGCAAUUGACAAGCCAACAGAGUCGUUGACUGAUGGUGCCAUGAGUCGUCCCAAAAAGAAGGCAAAAAACGCCAAUGCUGCGGAUGAUAUGCAGUGGAUUUGUGGAGAAUGCAAAGAAGCGGAAUGUAUGAUUCGACCAGAUACUAGCGAAUUUCUAAUUUGUGAUGGACAAUGCGAACGGGUGUUUCAUUACCCUUGCGCUGGUUUGAACGAAUUGCCUCCUGGUGACGAGGAUUGGAUUUGCAAGGACUGUUCCAAAAAAAAGCAUCAGUGCACAAUUUGUCAAGAAUACGGGAAUGAUGACGAAGAUGUCUUUCUGUGCAAUAAGGAUCGAUGUGGUUUGUUCUUUCACUUGUCCUGUUUGGAAGUGGAAGGUGAUGUCGAAGUGAAAAUGGUGAAAGAAGAGGAACCAAUAACAUCUAGAACGGCAACUCCUACUACCGUUUCAACCUCUGACGAUGGUAGCAGCAGCAACAACAAUGAUGGUAGCAACAACAACAAUGAUGAUGAUGAAGAGGCGGAGGGAGCAACAGCGUCCAGCAGAUACAAGCCAGUCUUUACUUGUCCAGCGCACAACUGUUGGACUUGCACCCAAAAGGACAUGAUCGAGAAGGAACGACUACAGGCAGAGGCGGAUCGGAAGAUAGGAACUUCUAAUGGGAAAAAGAAAAAGGGCAAGCGAAAAAAGAAAAAAGUCCCCUCACUCUUUCAACAAAAGACAGAGACCAGACUCUAUCGCUGCUUGUAUUGUCCCACAUCCUAUCAUUUGACGUGCUUGCCACCUACCUCUCGGUUUCACGAAUUGGCAGUCCUAUGCCACGAUCAUGCUUCGACACACAAGCUACCUGAUUUGGAUCUUUCGACGUCCUUGCAAAAUCAGGUGGAAAGCCGAAUCGACAAGAAAGAGGAACAAUUGAGUGGUGUCCGAAGACGACGACUAUCGAAUUUGGCGAGUGGCAAAAACUCAAAUCCAUUCUUUAUUGGGAUUCGAGGGGACAGGUACACCAAGGAAGAAGAGGAAUAUCUACAGUAUGCCGAAGAAAAACAUGACAUACCCAGACCCAACUAUGGGAUUGGCUUUUGUUUGCCAUGUGACAUUCGAAAAGAAGUCAACUCCAAACCACCCACCUACAAGCAUCUGUCGGCGCUCAAAUAUCGACAGGAUCACAAACCGAAAAAGAUACCUCUGGAUGGCGAACGAUGCCAAUGCGUCGACAAGUGUGCCGACAACUGCUUCAAUCGAUUGGCCUUGGAGGAGUGCAUGGGAGAGGGACCCAAUUCCAACUGCAAUGUGGGGGGAAACUGCGGCAAUCGUUCCUUGGGCAAAAGAGAAUUUGUCAAGUGCAAACCACAACGGGAAGGUGGAAAAGGUUGGGGACUUGUCCCCGUCAAUGCCGUUCCCAAGGGGAAACUAAUCCAAGAGUAUGUGGGAGAAGUGAUUCACGAAGAAGAAAAGACCAAACGAAUGAUCGAAUGGAAUAAAGAACACCCCAAUGACCCCAACUUUUACCUCAUGGCGAUCUCAAAAGAUUGGUACGUGGACGCUCGGGAAUAUGCCAACAUGGCACGCUUCAUCAACCACUCCUGUGAUCCCAACUGUAAGGUGGUGACUGUCAAUGUCAAGGGAUACAAGCGCAAUGGAAUCUAUGCAAUCAAGGAUAUUGCUGCAGGGGAAUUCUUGUGUUAUGACUACAAGUUUGAUACCAAUCAAGCAGAUCGAUUCAUUUGUCGAUGUGGUGCCAAGAAUUGUCGUGGUACUAUGCAGUUUGGGAAACAAGACAAGGACAAGUCGCUUUCCUGGAAAGAGGCAAAGGCCAAAUAUGAAGUUGACAAGAAGUUUGUCGAAGAGAGAGAAAAGAAAAUGACAGUCUCACUGGUCGAUGAGAUGGUUCCUGGCAGCAAACAACAAAAGGACGAGCAUGUAUCCUAUGGACCUCCAGAACACAAGCGAGCUAUUAUUCUGCAAGACCGAGUCUUUUUGUGGCGAAAUGCAAAACGUGGGGCAGAUUUUGCAUCUCGCGAUGCUCGUUUACAAAAAUGA